UUGUGCAACAACGUGUGGAUCGUAACACACCGGCGACGUCCUGCACGCUGACAUUGGAGUGUUGACCUGAGAUCUCGUCACUGGUUUCCAGCACCUAUCAGAUUGGAAGGAUGGGAGCAUCCACGUCCACACCCACGACUCCUACAGUCCAGGCAGGGGCCAUGAUGGCUACCCCUCCUCAGGGCUGCCCCAUGCACCAUGAAGCCAAGCCUGUGGCAGUGGCUCCGCCCUCAGAGUGCCCCAUGCAUCAAGCACAGCCUGAGAAAGUGUCUCCUCCCUCAGAGUGCCCCAUGCAUCAAGCACAGCCUGAAAAAGCGUCUCCUCCGUCGGGGUGUCCGAUGCACAAAGCGGAAACAGGCCCGGCCCACCAGGACCGUGCCUACGAGUUUGUGGGGUGUCCAAUGAAAGCUGCAGAAAGCAAGAGUGACAUCGAUCCAACAAAUAUGAUGCCUCCUCCCAACCAAACACCAGCUCCAGACCAGCCCUUCUCUCUCUCAGUCUCCAGAGAGGAGUCCAACAUUCCCCGUCAUGGUGACGAGAAAAAAUGGGUUUACCCGUCUGAACAGAUGUUCUGGAACGCCAUGCUGAGGAAGGGGUGGCGCUGGCGUGAGGAGGACCUCGGUGCUCAAGAUAUGACCAACAUCAUUAAAAUCCACAACAAGAACAAUGAGCAGGCCUGGCAGGAGAUCCUGAAAUGGGAGGCGCUACAUGUACGUGAAUGUCCAUGUGGACCAGCCUUGAAGAGGUUUGGCGGCAAAGCCAAGGAGUACUCACCCAGAGCUCGCUUCCGUCACUGGAUGGGCUACGAGCUGCCUUUUGACCGCCAUGACUGGGUUAUUGACCGCUGUGGGAAGGAGGUGCGCUACAUCAUCGACUACUACGACGGAGAAAUCAACAAAGACACGUACCAGUUCUCGAUCCUGGACGUCCGUCCCGCCUUUGACUCUCUGGGAGCAGUGUGGGACCGCAUGAAGGUGACCUGGUGGCGCUGGACCUCCUAAAACCCUCCCGACAACAAACAUAGGUCAACGUUUAAACGUCAUACACAUGAAAGGACUACGAAUAUGAUGUUCCUCAUUUCAGCGUGUGAAGGAAAUAAAAUGGCUCUGAUGGUUUUAACAGACCCUCAGUUAGUAUGUAGCUUUAUCUGUUAAUCAUAUUGAUUCAAGUGGAAACUAUAAUUACACAAUUCACACUUUAUUUACAAACAGCAUGUCCAUCAAAGGUUUUUUGUCACAUGGUGUCUGUAACUUCCUCUCAGACUCGACUGUUCACAUUACUGACGUUUUUCUAACAGACAGUUUUAACAGGAUCAUGUGCUUGUGAUGUCAUCACAGCUGUUGUAGGCGUCGGCAUGUUCUUACGAUCCAUACUGCAGGUGGAGUUGGGUACAAUUCUCAUUUGAAUUCAUAUCUUUUUCUUGAAUUCAGCACUCAGUGGUACUUUUUUUAUUACUUGUGGUGCAUUACCACUGGCUCUACUCGCCUCACAUACUGUUUAUGUUGAAAGGAUUAAAUUAGAAGGGUUCACAUAGAUAAACCUGACAAGUUUGACCUGUAAUUUUAUUUUUGACUUAAGUGAAAUUCCAUGGCGUCUUUCAAAGUUUAAGCUGCGUUGAAGAACUUUGAGCUGUGAGGAAACAGAGACGAGAGGAGUGAGUUCCUCACACUGAGCUUCACCAUGGGCUGUAGGACACUUCCUCUCACAGGGAGGAAAUGGCGGGGUAGGACUGGGGAGACGAGAAACCAGUCGGGUGGAGAAGUUGAUGAAGGAUGAGAAGAUGAUGACAAACCACUGCGUUUGAUAACUUCCUAACCCGAUGAAGAGAAAUGAGAAUUAGAGGAGACUGUAGAUGAGAGGAUAAGAACUGUGGAGGGCUUCAGGCAGUGGUUGGAGGGGGGGAUGUGGGGGCUUAUUGUGCCUCUCAGUGUGCAGCCUGCCAGAAAUUAUUUGCGGAAGAAAAGGAAGCUUUGAGCUAAAUUGUAUUAAAUAACUUCAAGCUGUGAUAAAGAGCUUUGAACUGUGAUUUAAACAUGGAACUGUGGGGGGCAGCAUUACACCUCUCUCAGAAAUCCAUUUAAAAUCAAAGUAAAGAUCACAUCUGUCUGUGAGAAUAUUGUCAACUAUGUUUUCCUUCAAAAGUCAAUUGUAGAAAAAUGAAAAUAGCCCUUUAACUCUUUCCAAAUCUGAAUACAGAAACAUGUUUGAACUCAAAAGCAAAGUUGCCGUAAUGUACUGUAUCUUAAAAAGUAGCUCAGUUAAACAGGAUUAUUCUCUUGGAUUAUGUGGCGUGGUGAGUGAUGUGCAUCCACAUGAACUUUCUGCAGUCGAUUCAGAUCAGAGUAACAAUGUUAACUCUAGUGUUCCUGCCUCUGCAACACAACUGGCCUUUUUCUUAGCAGCCAUUGUAACAUUACAUCAGUGGAAAACACAGGUUUUACUGAUGAUGGCAUCAGUGAUGGAGAGUGCAGCCUGAAACUGAGUAAGCUGAAUGGAACUCAGCCAUCAAUUAUUUAAUUUGUAAAAGUACGAGCCAACUUUGGAGUUAUACGUCAAUGUCAGCACAACAUUUCAUCUGCAAAUUCUCCGCUGCUGUCUGAACUUCCACGUCUUUAUAAAGCAGUGUUUCCCAAACCUGGUCCUCAGGGAACACUGCCCUGCUCAUUUUCUUGUGCUGUUAUUUGUAUUUUUAUUUAUUGAGUUAUUUGAUGAGUGAGAGUUCAUUUCUGUGCAGAAUCCUGGUUCUGUUCACAGAAAUGUUGGUGUAUGUUGAAAUGAUUUAAACUCUGCCGGUCAAUAAAGCUGCUCCUGUUUUGCCUCUGUUA